AAAAUGUUGUCAGCGCCUUCUUAAGUCACCUUCGCGUCCUUCCGUAUUUAGCGUCCGAGUGCUUCUGUACUUUGGUCUGCUCCUUGCUCCUCUCUUUGCUCGCUCUCCCUUUGCAUCUCUUCUUGAUUUUGUGAGAUCUUGUCCUCCUACCCUUCUUUAGAUUGUUCCUACUCUCCUAUAUUGUGCUUUCUAGAACCUCAUCUAUUCAUCUAUUCACUGAGCUAGUCAGAACUGCUAUUCAGCACUACACACAGAUACAACCUUAAUAGCUGUUAAAAUGCUGGUAAAUAGUCAGUGUCCUGGGCCCCAGAGUAGUUUCUCUGCCCCAGCCCCUUCCCUGGGAUCCCCUGGAUCUCAGCCUGAAACAGCAAUUAAAGGUCCAUGUCUGGCAUCGUGGGGCCCUCCAGGAGACUGCUUAAGCUCUAGGCUGGUAGGUGCCCACGCCAUAUUACCCCAGCAUCCAGUAGCCACAGAUUAGGUGCCUACUGUGUGUCUCUUUCCUUCUCUGGCAGGUUCAGGUCUUCUCCCACUACAGAGCUCAGCAGCAGCAGCCUAUGGAGCCAGGCGCCUGGGGGAACAGGACAACUGUCACUGAGUUCAUCCUUCUUGGCCUGACAGAAAACGUAAGACUGAAACCCAUCCUUUUUGUCGUCUUCCUCUUUGCCUAUGUACUCACCAUAGGGGGCAACUUCAGCAUCCUGGCUGCCAUCUUUGUGGAGCCCAAACUCCACACUCCCAUGUACUACUUCUUGGGGAACCUCUCUCUGCUGGACAUUGGAUGCAUCACUGUCACUGUCCCUCCAAUGCUAGCAUGUCUCCUGCCCCCCCAGUGCAGGGUCCCCUACGCUGCCUGCAUUUCACAGCUCUUCUUCUUCCACCUCCUGGCCGGUGUGGACUGUCACCUCCUGACAGCCAUGGCCUAUGACCGCUACCUGGCCAUCUGCCAGCCCCUCACCUACAGCACCCGCAUGCGCCGUGAAGUCCGGGGUGCCCUGGUGGCCAUUUGCUGCACUAUCUCCUUUAUCAAUGCUCUGACUCACACAGUGGCUGUGUCUGUGCUUGACUUCUGCGGCCCUAAUGUGGUCAACCACUUCUACUGCGACCUCCCACCCCUUUUCCAGCUCUCCUGCUCCAGUAUCCACCUCAAUGGGCAGCUGCUUUUUGUGGGGGCCACUUUCAUGGGGGUGUUCCCCAUGAUCCUCAUCUCAGUGUCUUACGCCCACGUCACAGCUGCAGUGCUACGAAUCCGUUCAGCAGAGGGGAGGAAGAAGGCCUUCUCCACGUGUGGCUCCCACCUCACCGUGGUCUGUAUCUUUUAUGGAACUGGCUUCUUCAGUUACAUGCGUCUGGGCUCAGUGUCAGCCUCAGACAAAGACAAAGGGAUUGGGAUCCUCAAUACUAUCCUCAGCCCCAUGUUGAACCCACUCAUCUAUAGCCUCCGGAACCCUGAUGUGCAGGGCGCCCUGAAAAGGGUGCUGAUGGGGAAGCGGCCUCCUGAAUGAGAAGGCAGGGCGUCAAAAUACCCCUCCCUCCUAGAGCACCCCCUGACCUUCCCAUGCUGAAGGCAUGAUGUCGGUCACAGGUGUCUUCAUGGGUGGGUUGAGGGAUGGGAGGAAAGUAGAUAGUAUGGACCAGAGUAUAAGAUGGUUUAUCUUGGAUUGGGGAGAAAAGCUAAAGCUGGUAGGAGAUGGAUUAAAGUCAGGUGGGAGAAAAUUAUAAUGUGGGUCAGGAAAUGGGACACAAAUCAACUAUUUUUUUAAGUUCAGUGAGUGUUCAG